CUGAUCCUUAAACGGGGAGUGUCCUCUGACAGCAUUAUCACUGCUUUCUGUUUAUAUUUGUUCCUGGGUGAAUCACUGACCAACGUUCCCCAAGAGCACACCGACAAGACACACCGGACCAGCAUGAAGAGUUUACUGGAAGUGUUUUUCACCAGCCUUGGCGGUGCAGUUGUUGUUUAUUAUGGAGUAAAGCUGCUGCUUGUCACCAAGAUGCUAUAUCCCAAAAUGUGGUUCCCGCUGCCAAAGUCCUUCUUUUCGUCAAUGGGAGAAUGGGCAGUGGUGACGGGUGCAUCCGAGGGCAUAGGAAGAGAAUACGCCUUUGCGCUGGCUGAACAAGGGAUGAACGUAGUCAUCAUGAGUAGAACCAAAGCCACUUUGGAGCAGCUGGCCAAGGAUAUCGGUGAAGCUACAAGUCGUAUGGUUAAAGUGCUGGUGGCAGACUUCACCGAGGACAAAGUCUUCAGUGACAUUGAGGAGCAGCUGAAGGACCUCAACAUCGGAGUAUUAGUUAAUAAUGUAGGCAUGCUGCCCAGUAACAUCCCCAAGAGGUUCCUUGAAGACACAGAUUUGGAUCAGACAAUUACAAGAGUGAUAAACUGCAAUGUGAAAACUAUGGCUAAGAUGUGCAAAACCCUCCUUCCUGGCAUGGAAAACAGGGGAAAAGGGGUGAUCAUAAACGUUUCAUCAGGAAUUGCCUGCAUUCCCUUCCCAAUGUACUCACUGUACGCCGCAUCCAAGAUAUUUGUGGAGAGAUUUUCUCAAGGUCUUCAGGCAGAAUACAAAGAAAAGGGGAUGAUUAUACAGGCAGUCACUCCCUUUGGGGUCUCCACUCGGAUGAUGGGCUACCAGGCGACGGACAUGGUCACCUUGUCCCCGCGUGACUUUGUGAAGAGCUCCCUGCAGUACCUCAGAGCUGGGGACAGAACAUAUGGCAGCAUCUGUCACAUGUUCCUGGGCUGGCUGAUCAGGUCUAUCCCACGGAAGAUUCUCUACGCAGACUCUGUGCUGAACGGCCUUCAGGAGUACGUGGAGAAGAAACAGGCCAAGACGAGAUCCAGCUCGACUUUAAGCAUAGCUUGAUCAUAUAACACUUUAUAGACCAGGGGUCACCAACCUUUUUGAACCCAAGGGCUACUUCUUGGGUACUGAUUAAUGCGAAGGGCUACCAGUUUGAUACACACUUAAAUAAAUUGCCAGAAAUAGCCAAUUUGCUCAAUUUACCUUUAACUCUAUGUUAUUAUUAAUAAUUAAUUAUAUUUAUCUUUGUGGAAACACUGAUCAUCUUAAUGAUUUCUCACAAUAAAUAUAUAUAGAAACAGAUAAAUAUCAAUAUGCAACACUUUAUUUUUAUAUUUUCUCUAAGUGCACAUUUUUCAAAUUGAACAUUUUCAAAUGAUCACUUCUUAAACAGUCUUGUGAAAUCACAAUAUCCCAUUUUAACUAGCUAGCCACUGAAAUUUUUUAACAAAUCAUGAAUUACUUUGCACCAUGUUUGUACAAAUAAUAACUCAUGUAAAAUACAAAGGUCAACUCUCCAAUUUUUAAAUAA